AUGCCACAGAUAGUCGUCGUAGGCGCCGGCGUCAUCGGCCUCAGCUGCGGCCUGCGCCUGUUGCGCGCCGGCCACCGCGUCGCCAUCGUCGCCCGGGACUUUCCCGUGCCGUUCGAGACGGCCAGCGCCAUCAACUACACCUCGCUCUGGGCCGGCGCCCACAACCGCUGGAACCUGCCGACCACGCCCGCCGAGGAGCGCGACCACGCCAUGGCUCGCCAGACCUACGCCCACAUGGAGCGCCUGGUCCGCACCAACCCCGAGUGCGGCGUCACCUUUACCCCGGGCAUCGAGUACUUUGAGGACCCGCCGGAGGCGUACCGCGCCCUCGACGCCCGGCGCGCCGAGGAGCUCGGCUUCGAGGGGUUCCGCAAGCACGCGCCGGAAGAGCUGCCGGAGGGCGUGGCCCUGGGCUUCGAGUACCGCACCUGGUGCGUCAACCCCAUGGUGUACUGCAUGUUCCUGCUGCGGCAGUUUUGUCUCGGCGGCGGCACCACCGCGACGAUGGAGCUGCGCCAUCCGCACGAGGUCUUUGCCGCGGCGCCGUUCCGGUCCGCCGCUGCCGUCGUCAACUGCUCGGGCGUCGGCUUCGGCGACCCGGCCGUGUUCCCCACAAGGGGGCAGACGUGCGUCGUCGCCAACGGCGUGUCCGCGACCGUCACGCGCCAGAACAAGGACGGCUCGUGGACGUUUGCCGUGCCGCGCGGCUUCGACGGCGGGACCGUCAUUGGCGGGACAAAGGAGCCCGACGACUGGGACCCGGAGCCGAGCCCCGAGGUGCGCGCCCAGCUGCUGGACCGCUUCGCCGCCACGUACCCCGCCGUCCUCGCCGACGGCCCGUACAGGGUCGUGCGCGACAUCGUGGGCCGGCGCCCGACGCGCAGGGGCGGCAUGCGGCUGGAGGCCGAAGAGUUGGGACAUCGUCGGGUCGUGCACGCGUACGGCCUCGGCGGCCGCGGGUACGAGCUCUCGUGGGGUGUGGCCGAGGCGGUCCUCGCGCUGCUCAAGUAG